AUGGACUACUCCUACCUGAACUCGUACGACUCGUGCAUGGCGGCCAUGGAGGCCUCGGCGGCGUACGCGGCGGCGGACUUCGGCUCCCCGUGCAGCCAGGGCGGGGGUCCCGGGGGCGCCGCCGCCUUCCAGUACAGCCCGCUCCGGGGGCCCUUCGCCGCCGCCCCCGCCCCCGCCGGGACCCCCCUCGGCGCCGCCCCCCAGUGCGCCCUCGGAGCCGCCCUCCGAGAACACCCGCCCGCGCCCUACGCCGCCGUUCCCUACAAGUUCUUCUCGGAUCCUUCCACCAUCAACGAGAAAAGGAAGCAGCGCCGGAUCCGCACCACUUUCACCAGUUCGCAGCUGAAGGAGCUGGAGAGGGUCUUCGCCGAGACCCACUACCCGGACAUUUACACCCGGGAAGAGCUGGCCCUCAAGAUAGACCUCACCGAAGCCAGAGUCCAGGCCCGGUUUCCUCCUCUCUCGCAGGUCUGGUUCCAAAACCGCCGGGCCAAGUUCCGGAAGCAGGAGCGUGCGGCCAACGCCAAGGGCCAGAACGGCAACGGGGGAUCCUCCUCGUCCGGCAAGAAGGCCGACCCGCGCUCUUCCUCCGAGGACGACGAGUCCAAGGAGUCCAACUGCAGCCCGACCCCCGACAGCACGGCCUCCUUGCCCUCGGCCAGCAGCCUCAACAGCCCUGGCGGAGGGGGCAGCCUGAGCCCCAGCCCGGGGAGCGGUCAGCCUGGGAUGGGCUCCAGCCAUGGUGCCCAGGCCCUCAAGAACCAAGCCCUGUGGGCCGGGGUCAGCACCAGCAGUGGGGCCAACGCGGCCGACCUCCUCAAGGCUUGGCAGCCGGCCGAAGCCAUGCCAGGGCCAUUCUCCGGUGUCCUCUCCUCCUUCCACAGGAAGCCCAACCCACUCAAGGCCAACCUCUUCUAA